AUGAGGAACAGCAGAAGAGUUGAGCAGCUGAGUUGACUUCCAUGGCCACCCAAACAGCCUCAAGGCCAUCCUCUUCUUCUUCUUGUACAGACCCUAGAUGGAGACGUGAUGUCUUCCUCAGUUGCAGCGGCGAAGACACGCCCAAGAGUUUCACGGAUCCCCUACAUGCUGCUUUGACUCGGAAAGGAAUUGGCACUUUCAGAUUUAGUAUGGAAGAAGAAUUUUAUUCCCAAGCAAUCGAAAACUCAAGAUUUUCGAUCGUUGUUCUUUCAAGAAAAUACGCCCAUUCAAUACGGUGUUUGAAUGAACUCGCAAAGAUCGUUGAAUGCAUGAAGAAGAUGGAGCAGAAAGUUCUGCCAGUUUACUACGAUGUAGAUCAAGCUGAGGUACAAAAACAGUGUGAGAAUUUCGGAAACGCCUUUCCCAAACAUUUGCAAUUUUGCAUAGACCAUAGAGAGAAAGUGUCAAGUUGGAGAGCUGCUCUUGUUGCAGUAGCCAAUCUCCCUAGAUGGGACGUACUAGAUCCGUACAAAACACAAGAUAUUGAACUAAUUGUUAAAGUGGUAGGGACCGAGUUGCAUUCCCCUUCUCUUGGGAACCCAACGUAUGGCCGAAGUGUAUACCAGUGGGAUAAGGAAUCACUUGAGAAAAAGAAAACUGAUGCAGUCAAGGCGAGUAUUCAAGGCCUAGAUGACAAUGAGAGGAGAAUAUUUCUAGAUAUUGUUUGUUUCUUUAUAGGAAUGGAGAAAGAGCGAGUGGAAGAAGUACUCGAUGGUAAUGAUUGUUGCCCUAGCAUUGCAAUAGAAAACCUCAUUAGCAAUUCCCUCAUAACUAUUCUAGACAAUAAAGUAAUGAUGAAUAGGUUGAUACAAGAAACUGGGGAAGAACUUGUUCGUGCCGAGUCUCCUGGGGACCCUGGGCUGCGAAGCCGGUUGUCUGUUCCUGAUGACAUCCGUAAUGUAUUGGAGAACAAUAAGGGAACAAAGGCAGUUCAAGGUAUAGACAUAGACUUUCCUACAUUUGAAGAGACAGAAUGGAACUCAAAGGCCUUCUCUAAUAUGCCUUGCGUUAGAUUUCUACGAAUUCAAAAUGUGGGUAUGGCCCAAGGCCCUGAAUAUCUUUCUGAUGCCUUAACUCAUCUUGAGUGGAGUGAUUAUCCUGCAAAAUCCCUCCCACAAGGUUUUCAACCUAACAAACUUCACGAACUGAACUUGUGCUAUGGCAACAUUGAACAGAUUUGGUAUGGGAUCAAGUACUUAUACGAGUUGAAAACCAUCAAUGUUAGCCACUCUCAGAACCUGACCAGGAUGCCAGACUUUUCAGGUACACCAAACAUUGAGAAAUUAGUUUUUGAAGGUUGUAUAAGUUUGGAGGAGAUCCACCCAUCCAUUCAUGGGCUCAAAAGGCUUAAGCUCUUGAAUCUUAAAGGUUGCACAAGUCUUAAAGUUCUUCCAGACACAAUGGCGAUGAAGUCCCUUGAAAGAUUUAUUCUUUCUGGCUGUUCAAAUAUUACAAAAAUUCCAGAUUUUGUGGUACCUAUGGACCACUUGUGGGAACUUUCUUUAGAUGAGACUGAUAUUGAAGGAUUACCUUUAUCAAUUGAACAUCUGACUGCUCUUACUUUGUUAAAUCUAAGAGAUUGCAAAAAUCUUAAGUGUCUUCCAAGUGACAUUCACAAGUUAACGGCCCUCAAAAGUCUCAAUAUUUUUGGAUGCUCAAGACUUGAAGACCUGCCAGAUAACUUGGGGAAGAUAAAGUGUUUGGAAGAGCUUGAUGUGGGUGGUACCUCCAUAUGUGACCUACCAUUGCCCAUUUUCUCUUUGGAGAAUCUGAAAGUAUUAUCUCUUAAAGGGCUACCAAGAAAGAGAACAGGUCCAUUGGGCUUGCUGUUGCCAGGUUUAUCUGGUUUGUCUUCUUUGACAGUGUUAAAUCUCAGUGGCUGCAAAUUUCGGGAUGGAACAAUCCCAUAUGAUCUUGGUUGCUUAGUCUCAUUAGUGUUACUAGACGUGAGUAAAAGCAAUUGUUCUGGACUUCCCAGAAGCACCAAACAGCUUUCUAAGCUUCAAAGUGUGAAACUGGAAGAUUGUAAGAGCCUUCAGAAAUUACCAGACCUAUCCUCAAGUAUAGACUUCAGUGUUGGAUCAGAUAGCCGUACUUCACAGGAAAAGCUGUCUUGUCCAUCGAAUUUGUUCAGAAUGGGGGACUCAUGCUUCAAUUUUAUUAACUGCUCCAAACUAGUUGGCAACCAAGACUGCAACAGUAUAGUGUUUACUCUGCUGAGGAGGUUCCUGAAGGGAAACUGUUCUCCAGGAUGCAGGUUUGAAACUAUAAUUCCUGGCAGCGAAAUUCCUGAGUUUUUCUGUCAAAGUUCAGGGCAUGUAGUAAGCAUGAACCUGUCUCAGCAUUGGUAUGAGAAUAAGUGGAUGGGAUAUGCUGUUUUUGCUGUUUUUGCUCUCCGUCCAUAUUGUACAGCUAACAUGCUUGGCAGAUGGAAGUUUGGAAUCCCCAGUCUUGGCUGUGAAGUUAAGCCCAAUAAGUUGGACGUACCAGGUUCGUCUCCUUUCUUGGGUUGCCAUGAAGAAUUAGGCCGGAUUGAGUCCGACCAUCUUUGGUUCGCCUUUGUACCUGGUGAGUAUUUUGGUACAGAAUGGCAGAACGUCUGUCGUCACCUUGAAUUUGAAUUUAAAACCAUUGGCACUGGUUUGGAGGUGAAGAAAUGUGGGGUCCAUUUGAUAUAUGAGCAUGAUUUUGAAGAUAGGAAACUAAUAAUGACUCAAUCUAGAGGCAUUGUCUCUUCUUGUGAGGUUGUUAAUAGAUCAGAAGCUGCACAAGGUACCAUUGUCCAACAAUCCUUUUUUCUACGGCAAACCGGUAGGUGAUAUCCAUUUAUCAAAGAGAUCUCGAAAUUGAUUUACCAGGAAACUCUCUGUCUCCCUCUCUGUCACAUUCAUUUGAACCCAUCUUUAUGCUAUUUGGAAGUGAGUCUGGGAGAGCCAGAAUCAGUUAUGGUCACUUCCAAAUGAGCCUUUAGAACCCUCAGAGGACUUUGAUUGCAAUUUUGUUUUUUUCUUUAUAAUUUAUGAUUCUUCAUUCCCUCUUGAGUGAAAUACUGGAUUGGUAUAGCCAUCACAGUAAUGUAUAGCCUACCAAUUGUUUUUUUGUAAGUAGAACAUUUAGAUUGGGAUCGCUUAUGUACUUCUUGCUCCAUCU